AUGAAUACAAAUAUAAAUAAAAAUUCAAAUAUAAAUAUAAUACCUUCAACAAUAUCAAAUCAAUCAACAACACCCACUGUAAAUACAUCUAAUAAUAACAAUCAUGCUACCACUGUAACAUCUUCAUCAACAUCAAAUAAUACAAAUGGACAUACAACAAACACAAUAGUAUCAAACACAACUACACCAGCAUUGAGUAAUGCUUCCCCAACAUCUACAUCUACAUCUUCAACAACAGCGACGACAAAAACCAAGAUAUUUUUACCAUAUAGUAAAUUAACAAAGAAUGAAGCUGCUGUUGCUUCGACAACAACUACGACUAUGACUACAACUACAAACCCAACCCCGACUCCGAUACAACCACCAGUUCCGAUAUCAAAAACUACAUUUACAGCUAUACCUACAUCGACAUCAUCAACAUCAUCAGUACCGAUUUCAUCAUUGUCAAGAACAAUGACAACAACAACAACAACACCAACAGUACCUUCUGCUUCAAUAUCAAAAGUAUCGACAACAACAACAACACCAUCGAAAACAAACAUACCAUCAUCCACAAUACCAACAACAACAACUAAUAUAAGGCAACCAUCUAAUAUAAAUACAACCUCUAUUUCAAAACCAACGGUACCUACAACUUCUACAACGACUACAACAUAUGCACCGACAGCAGAUUCAUUAAAAAGACCACCUCCACCAUCACAAGAAAUAGAAGAAAAAAAAGUAAUAAAGAAGAAAAGAUUAGUUGGUCCUCUAACCAUUGCAGAAGAAGAUUUCAUUGCAAAUGCAUUCAAGAAUGUACCUGAUACUAAACUUUCAACAGAUGUAAAAAGAAUUAAAAGAAAAUUUCUACUUCGUGAGUAUAAGAGAAGUCUUAAUCUUGAAACAUUCGAUUUGGAUAUAAAAGUACAGCAAUAUGCAUCACACAUGAAAAAGAAGGAUCAAAAAGUAUCGAUUUACUUUACCAAGGAAGAGAUUCCCGCUGUCUUUUCAAAGAAACCGUUGCACUCUCUGGAGAAUCUGAAUGGCGUCAUCGAUGAGAAGGUCAAUGAGUUGGCACAUCCACUGCAGGUGUUCUCCACACAGCAACAGCAGCACCAACAACAGCUACUCGAGAAACAGCAACAAGAACUAGAAAGAAAACAACAAUUGGAACGACAACAAGAGUUGGAACGCCAACAACAACUCGAAAAGUGGCGACGUGAACUCAAAGACACCACCGUCUAUAACGAUGACGGUAUUCACUCCAUGAUUGUACAUGCCGAAUAUUUAUUAAACGAUAAGAAACCAAUGAUACCAAUACCUCCACCACCACCACCACAACCUAAAUCAACUGACUCAUCUGCAACAUCAAUAACAACAACAAUAACAACAAUAACUAGUAAUAAUAAUAGUCAAGACUCUUCUGAAAAAGAUAAUGAUUUAAAGAAACAUUAUCAUUGGACUAAUGAAAAGAUACUUUGUCCUAAACGUGAUUUAGAGCAGCUUAUUAAACCUUAUAUCAGUCCGCAUACAACUAGAGAGUUGAAAUCAUUCAUAAGACGUGACUAUGAGACUGUACCGCGAUGUGUGUCCCUGCUGCGUGAACUCUAUCAAUUCUUUAUUGCCAACGGUAUGGUCGAGUACUCACCGCUGGCAACCGAAUUCUACCCGAUAGACUACCGUUACCUGACACCAGACUUGGUGGAUAAAACUCAAUGGUUCCUAUGUGAAGAGUUUUGGCCUGGAAUAGAUUUAAAUGAAAUAUUAGAAUAUCCUGACUUUACAGUGGUUGCAAUGUAUAGAAAUAUGGUUAUUGGAUGUGGCAUGAUGAAUCCCGAUGGAUAUAUUAUGUAUUUGGCAGUGAGACCUGGCUGGAAUGGCAAUGGAAUUGCAUCGUUUAUGUUGUAUCACUUGACACAAACAAUGGUUGGUCGUGACAUUACACUACACGUAUCUACCAACAACACUGCAAUGAUACUCUACCAAAAGUUUGGUUUCAAAAUAGAGGAACACAUCGCUGGAUUCUACGAUAAAUUCUAUUCAAAUGAAUCUGGUAGAUCUAAAAAUGCAUAUCUACUAAGAUUAAGAAGAUAA